UAUAACAGGCAGGAACCCACAUUCCCCUCUUUGCUUGACAAGAUCUUGCACUUGUUCCACAGGGCUAAUACUCAAGGUCAGAACAUUUCUUCAUCUCAGCAGUUCACAGGAGUGCAAGAACUUAGAAAAAUGGCUGAGAAACCCAAGCUCCACUAUUUCAGUGGAAGAGGCCGAAUGGAAACUAUAAGGUGGAUGUUGGCUGUAGCUGGAGUUGAGUUUGAAGAACAAACUAUUAAAUCAAAGGAAGAUCUAGCAAAGUUAAAGCAGGAUGGAGUCCUACUCUUCCAGCAAGUGCCCAUGGUGGAAAUUGAUGGGAUGAAGAUGGUGCAGACACGAGCCAUCCUCAACUACAUUGCAGCAAAAUACAAUCUCUAUGGAAAGGACCUCAAGGAGAGAGCAUUCAUUGAUAUGUAUUGUGAAGCGACUAUGGAUUUGAAUGAAAUGUUUAUAACGCUUCCCUUCAAACCAGCUGACACAAAAGAGAAGGAGAAAGCUCAGUUGUUUGAAAAAAUCUCUACUCGAUACUUUCCAAGGUUUGAAACGGUCCUCAAAGGUCAUGGACAGGAUUAUCUUGUUGGAAACAAAUUCAGCAGAGCAGACGUUCAGUUGUUUGAAAGCAUUUUAAUGGCUGAAGAGAUGGAUGAGAAUAUUCUCUCCAAAUUUCCUCUCUUAAAGGCUUUUAAGACAAGAAUAAGCAACCUCCCUUCAGUUAAGAAAUUCCUACAGCCUGGUAGUAAGAGAAAACCACCAACGGAUGAUAAAACUGCGGCAGAAUUGAUCAAAACUUUCAUGUGAAUCAUGGCCUACAAUCGUGGCUAAUGUACUAGUGCAGCUAUAGGCUAAAAUUAUGGGGCAAAUAUUUCAAAUCAUUGUGAAGGGCGACAGACAUGCAGGCACAGUUUACAUCCACACAACUGCAAUGCAAAGUUAAAAGAACAGCUAGAUUUAUGGAGCAGGAAUAGUGGCAAUGCUAUGCCACUAAUCUGAAAUGAAAAAAAAUAAAUAAAUUGUUUUAAACCUCUUGUA